AUGAAAACUUCCUCUAAAAAGUCCAGAGCAUUUUAUAAGAAGCAAAACGAACUUAUCAAUGACAUUUUAGAACCAAUAAAUAUAAAAGAUAAUAAAGAUGAUGAUGAUGAAGAGGAUUUCAAAGUAAAAAUUGCAAUCAAUGGUUCAUUGUUGGUAAAUAUCGUGUUAUUCUGUUUACAAAUUACCGCUGCUAUUAUUACUGGGUCCAGAGCUUUAAUUGCCACUGCAGUCGAUGCAUUUAUGGAUUUAUUAAGUGGUUUUAUAUUAUUUAUGACUGCUCGUUAUAGAAAGAAAAAGAACUACUUUCUUUAUCCAACUGGUAAAAGUCGUAUGGAGCCAAUUGGAAUUAUUAUUUUUUCAUCUCUAAUGUCCACAGUGUCGCUUAACCUUAUCUGGGAGGGUACAUCAACUCUAGUUAAACAAGAUAAAGAGUUUGGUUUGGAUAUUAUGUCUGUUAUCUUUGUUGUUGUUGCCAUUUCAUGCAAGGUCGCAAUGUAUUUCUACUGUCGUAGACUAACCCAUUCAAGUAGUGCUAUGAUUUUAAAAACAGAUCACUUUAAUGAUAUUUUAGUAAACUCCUUUGGUGUUGGUAUGGCUAUUUUAGGUUAUAAAGUCUCGUGGUAUUUCGACCCAAUUGGCUCCUUAGUAGUUGCCCUUAUAAUUUUACGUUCAUGGGUAUCAGAAGCAUAUGAACAAAUAGGAUUAUUAGUUGGUAAAACUGCUUCACCAGAAUUUCUUCAAAAACUUACCUAUAUAUCUCUUACACAUCACCCAGAGGUACUACAAGUUGAUACAUGUCGUGCCUUCCAUGUUGGUAAUAAUCUCUAUGUUGAAGUUGAUAUUGUUCUUCCUCCAAACAUGCCAUUAGUUAAAACCCACGAUAUUGGUGAAUCGCUUCAAGAAAAAAUUGAAUCAUUAUCCGAAGUAGAUAGAGCAUUUGUUCAUGUUGAUUACGAAUACAGACACAAGCCAGAGCAUAAAAAAAUUCACUAG